GCGGAGGAAUGUCCAGCAGGGUAGUUCUGCCUGGCCUUCCUCAUCUGCCUCUUGUAGUACAUGUAGCCCAGUCUGGUUUGCGUGUACAGUGUGUAUCUGACAGGAAGGCAAUGGACCUUUAACCCCCGGUGUCCCGGCUGUCUGAGGAGCAGAGGUUUGGGUUUCACCGGACAGAUCCGGUUUCAAAGAUGACAUCGACCUGCGGCUGCAGACUGAGGAGAAACUGGACUGAGAUGCACGGCGCUCACCAGCUCCAGCUACCAGAAAUGUAGGAAGAACUGCGGAAAUCUUAAAUGCUGAGCUCUGACUGCUGUGGUGGAGGAAUUUUCAGCUAAGAUAAAGCCUUUUAUUUUUCAAACUGUGAUUUAGAAGGGCGGUUUAGAGAAUGACCUCAAAAGCCAACAGCCCUCCAUCUUAUGAAGAGGCUCUGCAUCAUCCCAAGGCUGAGGACUGCUCCUACCAGCCCCCUCCAUCCUACAGCCCCAGCACUGGCAUGUACCCCGGCCCCCCUGGUUACUGGAGCCAGGGGGGCGUUUUCCCGCAGACCAGCGAGUCUCCAGGCCUCUCCCCGACUGUGACGACCAUCCCGACUCUGUCGGCCGCUGUGCCUGCGGCCCACACAGGUGACAUGGAGGCGUUCUUCAGAAACCAGUGGGAGAGCACGUCUGUGCGGCACGCCUUCAUCAGAAAGGUCUACUUGAUCCUGGCGGUGCAGCUCGCCUUCACCUUCACAGUGGUUGCCGUGUUCACGUUUGUUGACCCAGUGAGGCUGUUUGUCAUCAGAUACCCCGGCAUCUACUGGGCAUCUCUCGCCGUCUAUUUCGUGGUUUACUGCGUUCUCAUCUGCCUCAAGGAGCCCAGGAGGCGUUUUCCAUGGAAUCUGCUGCUUUUGGGAAUAUUUACUCUUGCCUUAUCCUACAUGGCUGGAACCAUCUCAAGCUAUUAUGAGACCAAAGCGGUGUUCAUUGCCAUGGGGAUUACAGUGGUCGUCUGUGUGGCAGUGACAGUCUUCUGCUUCCAAACCAAGGUGGACUUGACCUCCUGCAGUGGACUCCUCUGCAUUGCAGGGGUUCUGCUCAUGAUCAUCGGGAUCGUCACGGCCGUCGUGCUCUCCUUCCAAUACGUCCACUGGCUGCACAUGCUCUACGCUGCAAUCGGAGCUGUCGUUUACACUCUGUUUCUGGUCUACAACACUCAGCUUCUCAUCGGGAACCGGGAGCUGGCCAUCAGCCCGGAGGAGUACGUCUUCGGAGCUCUUUCCCUCUACGUGGACAUCGUUCACAUCUUCCUCUUCAUCCUUCAAGUCAGCGGAUCGGCGACCGAGUGACGAUGCGACGAGGACGGCCGGUCUGCCAAAGUUCAAGGGUUUCAAGCUCCUCCUGUCGAGUUAACCUCCCUUUGCCUGAAUGUAUAGAGCUGGAGAACUUUGUCAGAACAACCUAAUCUUUUCAUUCUCUUCUUCAUCUCUGUGAGUAAAAUCCUUGAAAAUCAUAAACACGAAGACAUUAUU